AUGGUUCGCGCAAUUGCCGAUAUCGAAAGUACUGCCGACGAAUCACCGAACCAGCCACUACCUCACCCAGAUCGUUCCAGACGUGUCUCCAAAAUUGAUCCAAGUAAAGUUUUUAAGACACAGACGCAGCCAGCGUCGCAUAGUCAACAGAAAGGCGAUAUAGACGCAGCGGUCCUUAGUUGUAGCAAUGAUGUCGCCACAAACAAACUGCUAUUUGGAAUUCUGCCGGUCGUUCUCUAUGGGAAUAAGAAGUCAGUUGAAACGUAUGCCCUCUUGGACGAAGGUUCGCAAAUAACAAUGAUUGACAAUACUCUCGUUAAAGAACUGGGAUUACAUGGCCGUAGCGAGCAUUUGAACUUACAAUGGUUCGGAGGGCGUGCCACUCAAGAGCCAGCCGUCGUAGUCGAUGUUUUCGUAAGUGGAUCCGAUGCUCAAAGAAGGCAUAAGCUGCGGAAUGUGUAUGGUGUGACAAACUUACAGCUGCCUUCUCAGAGUUUGAGCAAAAAUGAUUUAAGCCAUCUCAAUAAGUACAUAGACAAGCUUCCGAUCCAGCCGUAUACGCAUAUCAGGCCAAAACUCUUAAUUGGACUUGACCAUUGUCACCUUGGUUUGCCAUCAGCUACAAUGAAGCUGAACAAGUGUGGCCCCUUCGUCGCGAACACCGAGCUAGGAUGGGUGGUAUUUGGCCCAUCAGCCAACAUGUGCUCGGCAGUGCCAUCAUGUCUCUUCAUUAACAGCUACACUGACCAGUCGCUACAUAACGCGGUGGCCGAUUACUUUAGUACAGAGAGCUUUGGUAUUAGGGCUGCUCCCCCCAUCGAGAGCAAAGCUGAUGUUCGUGCGCGCGAAAUUCUGAAGUCUACCACGAGCCAAGUGGGCGGAAGAUACCAGACAGGCCUGCUUUGGAAACACGCAGAUGUAGAACUACCCGCCAGUUAUUCCAUGGCGCUGAAAAGACUAACGAGUAUUGAGGCGAAAAUGAGACGCGACGAAAACUUCGCUGCAAAGUAUAGGUGCAUCAUAAACUCGUAUGUGGAGAAAAACUAUGCACAAAGGUUAUCCACCGAAGAAGCCGAAGUAACCAGCACGAGGACAUGGUAUCUACCACAUUUCGCCGUGAGUAAUCCCAAUAAGCCGGGCAAGUUACGGAUGGUAUUUGAUGCAGCUGCCGAAGUUAAUGGUGUGUCCCUUAAUUCGCAGCUUCUAAAGGGUCCGCAGCAAUAUAGGCCUUUACCUGCUAUAUUGUUCAACUUUCGUGAGAGAGCCAUUGCCGUUUGCGGUGACAUCAAAGAGAUGUUCCACCAGGAGUUAAUUCAACGUGAAGACCGAUGUGCGCAACGCUUUCUCUGGCGCGAUGGUAACACUGCCAAAGAACCCGAUGUUUUUGAAAUGCGAGUUAUGACCUUCGGAGCAGCAUGCUCGCCUUGUGCUGCCAACUACGUCAAAACAUUAAACGAUAUGGAGUAUCUAAAAGAGGACAGUGGUGCCGCUAGAGCAGUAAAAUCCAUAUUAGACUACCACUACGUGGAUGACUAUGUCGACAGUUUUGACACGGAAAAGGAAGCAGUAGAUGUGUCACAAAAGGUACGUGCAAUUCACGCGAGAGCAGGUUUCGAGCUUCGCAGCUUCACGUCAAAUUCAUCCGUAGUUACUUGUAGACUCGGUAGUGACGAGGAGGUUCGUCAGAUAGCGAAGAAGGAUGGGGGACAGAUGGAGAAGAUUCUCGGCUUAUUCUGGAAGGCAUCAACUGACACAUUUGGGUUUGAUCUGAGAUUCCACAAUGUAGAACCCAGUGUGAUGAACGGAGAACGACGUCCGACAAAGCGAGAACUCCUAAGCGUGGUCAUGUCAAUCUUUGAUCCGUUGGGAUUUCUAAGUAAUUUCGUGGUCAGCGCUAAACUCCUCAUGCGGGAAGUGUGGAAGUACGACAUCCGAUGGGAUGAGCCAUUGCCGAACAUAGUAAACGCUGCAUGGGAGAAGUGGCGUGAACAGUUUCCGGCUGUUGCCGGCUAUGUCAUUCCUCGAUUCUACUUCCGCAACGGUCUACCCAAAAUCCUGCAACUCCAUAUUUUCGUAGAUGCCAGUGAAGAUGCGUUUGCCGCGGUUGCAUAUUGGAGGUCAUCUAACGCUAUUGGCAAGGUGGAAGUCGUAUUUAUCUGUGCGAAGACCAAAUGUGCACCAAUGAAAACCGUUACCAUACCGAGACUGGAGCUACAAGCGGCAGUUCUGGGCACACGACUGAUGAACUGCGUACAUGAGGAGCACUCGUUGCCUAUCGAAGAUUGUAUCCUCUGGAGCGAUUCCCAAACAGUAAUCCAAUGGAUCCGGAGUGAACACCGGCGCUAUAAGCCUUUCGUGCAGCACAGAAUCGCCGAAAUACUAGCUGUCACAACCGUUAAAAAUUGGCGAUGGUUGCCCACUACGGAGAACGUCGCGGAUGAAGCCACUAGAGCGAAUAAUCGUAUCGAUUUUAGUUCAUCUGCACGUUGGUCCAGCGGUCCGCCAUUUUUACAUCAAGACGAGAACCUUUGGCCAUUAGAAACCUCGUCGUGCAAUCCUCAGAAGGAAGCGGAUAAAGAACUAAGCCAUAAAUACGCUCUUACUAUCCUAACUUGUAAGUUUUUAGACUUUAAUCGAUUCUCUUCCUUCAACAAAUUAGUGAGAACCGUAGCAUGGGUACAGAGGUUCAUCAAUGUUUGCCGCCGCCGUAAUCAAUCAGACCUGUGCUAUGGCUUGACAGCAAAGGAAAUCGAGAUGGCAAAGCUUCGAUUGUGCCGCUUGGUUCAACGUGAUGAAUUCUUUGCAGAGCUUCAGCAGAUCGAAGACGGUAAAGUCUUAGCACGUUCCAAGCUCUCGCCAUAUAAGGACGAAGAUGGAGUACUUCGCAUACAAGGACGCAUAGAUGCCGCCACGUGGCUUCCAAUGAGUGUGAGGCGUCCAAUAAUAUUGCCACCAUGUCAUGCCUUCACAAAACUUGUCGUGGCACACUACCACGACAACAUGCAUCAUCAAAAUGUAGAGGCUACGAUUUGCGAAAUCCGACGAAGUUUUUGGAUACCACGUUUGAGAAGCCUUCUACGCAGUAUAACUGCCAGCUGCGCCGUGUGUCGCUUAAAAAAGGUGAGAGCCGUGUCACCACUAAUGGGUCCGCUUCCAACGGAUAGGCUCACGCCCUAUGUAAGGCCGUUUAGCUAUACUGGCUUAGAUUACUUCGGUCCAGUAAUUGUCACCGUACGACGCAGCACCGAAAAGAGAUGGGUGGCGUUAUUUACGUGCUUGACCGUGCGGGCUGUGCACUUGGAGCUGGCCCAUGAUUUAAGCACGGACUCUUGCAUAGUCGCCAUACGUAACUUUAUAAAUCGGCGUGAUGUACCUGUUCGGAUAAGGUCUGAUAAUGGGAAAAAUUUCGUUGGCGCCGACAUGGAAGCGAAACGGUUCAGCGAGGUAUUUGAUUGUAAUCGUUUGCAAUCCGAACUGUCACAGAAGGGCAUAGAAUGGGUUUUUAAUUCGCCUUUCAAUCCUGCGGAAGGCGGCGUUUGGGAGCGAUUGGUGCAAUGCAUCAAGAGAGUCCUACGGUACACUUUAAAGGAGGCGCAGCCGCGCGAGCAUACACUCAAUUGCUUCCUCAUCGAAGCCGAAAAUGUUGUAAAUUCUCGACCGUUGACGCACUUACCAAUCGAACCCAAUCAGGAGCAGCCUCUGACACCCAAUGAUUUCCUAUUAGGCGAAGCCAAUACAGCGCAAACUCCAGUUAUGAAUGAUGCCGUGGAGAAGACGUGCCGUUUACGACAACAAUGGCGCAUUGCUCGACAACUCAGGGAUCAUUUCUGGAAGCGAUGGAUAGAGGAGUAUCUUCCCACUUUAACACGCCGGGUGAAAUGGUGCCAGAAAACAACACCCAUAAAAAUUGGUGAUCUUGUCUUCAUAUGCGACCCCUCCACUCCGCGUCGAGAGUGGCGCAGGGGAAGAGUAGAAGCAACAUAUCCUGGAGCUGAUGGCGAAAUCAGAAAAGUUGACGUAUACACCAGCAGUGGACUAAAACGACGAUCCGUAUCCAAAUUGGCCAUACUGGAUGUUGAAAGUGCUGAAUCGGGCUGA